CAAUACUAAACAAAAUUAAGACCCCACAUGGCCACAUCCCGCGAAAAUCCGCCCGCCGUUUCUCAAUUGAACAUCGUCACUCUCGUCUCCUGUUUGUCUCUGCGACGCGAUAAACAAAGAAAGGCCGAUGAAUUGAUCGCAGUGACCGCCGGUGAGUACCUUCCCCGUAUCGAUCAUGACCCAGAACCAGCUUAUCGACUCCCUUACAUCCCAUAUCUCUCUCUACCACUCUACAUCUGGUAAUUUCAACCGUGAUCCUAAUCCCAAUCCCAGGUCCUCGAUCCUGAAAUGGUUCUCUUCUCUCAGCGUCCACCAACGCCAAGCUCACCUCACGGUCGUUGAUUUCAAAUUCGUCCAAGUCCUCAUCCAAAUGGUGGCAGAAGUUCGGAAACGAGGACACGGUUUCUUCAUCCUCCUGCCUGACAUUCCCUCCUGCGACCCUCUGCACCUACCCAGCUUAUGCUUUAAGAAGUCCCGCGGGCUCUUGUCUCGUGUCUCCGAGUCCAGCGUGUCCGAAAGGAUGAUUUUCGAGUCCAGUCGACUAUUCGGUUCCAGGGAAGGCGAUAAGCUCGAGGAGUGUUCUUGUUCGUUAAAGAACAUCGAUUCUUUAACUGUAAGCGAGGAUUUCGUCUCAAACGUGGACAAAUUUGUCGAGGCAAUGGACGGAGUUUCAAAUGGGGCGUUUUUGAGAGGUGAAGGGGGUGACAUGGCGUCCAAUUGGGCUGAGUUAAAUUGGUUAAAAGCGAAAGGAUAUUACAGUAUCGAGGCCUUUGUGGCAAACAAGUUGGAGGUGGCUUUGAGACUCUCAUGGAUGAGCUUGAAUAAUGGAAAAAAAAGAUCGGUAAAGUUCAAAGAAAAGGCUAGCGCAAUUGGCAUGGCGACAAACGUGUUUUGGAGGAAGAAGGGAUGCGUGGACUGGUGGGAUAAAUUGGAUGCUUCGUCAAAGGAAAAAAUAUUGACAGCAAUUCUGGGAAAAUCAGCAAAAAGUUUGAUACAUGAGAUUCUGAGGUGGACUAGUGGACUUGCGGAGCAUGAGAUGGGGCUCUUUAGUGCGGAAUGGAAUAGACCGUUUAGGUACAAUUGUACUAUAUCUCAACCAAGGUCCAUGUUAACAUCCCAAGCGGACCUGCAUAUUGACUUCAACAUAAUUCCAGCUGCCCAUUCUGGAAAACCUUAUUUGUUAACCAACAUCUUUAGAAAUUUGCUUGUGCUUCAGGACAUUGUUACGAUGGUAACAUCGUGUCUUCAUGAUGAAUACUACAAGACUAAUCUAUUUUAUAGCACUUUGGGUUCUAUCUGCGCCAUCCCUGAUUGUAUAUUAAGAAAAUUGCGGGAACUUCUUAUGUUUACUUCACUUGAUUGCACAAAACUUGAACUUCUAGGAGACGGGACUAGUAAGUCCCUGCCUAGUAAAUUAAGAGAGGAUCUAGGUGCUUCCCGUCGAAGGAAAAAGGGAAAGAGCCGGAAGUCGCAGAAUCCUGUGCUGAGGGCAUGCGCGGAUGAUUUAUCAUGCAAUAAAUUUCUGAAGCCUCAGGAAUUUGACAAGGAGUGUGCUCAUAAAGGGAGAGAAGAUAUAGCAGAAUCCACAACUAUGUCGAUUAUGUCGAAGAGAAAUGAGACUUGUAGAGAAAUUUCAUCUGAUGUAUCUAAAACGGUACAUGACGAUAACACGAGUGUUGGAAAAGAUCAAGGCACUGCAAGGAGGAAGAAAAAACACAAGAGUAAAAACUCUUGUGGGAACAGCAGAUUAGUUGAAAUAAAACCUUCUGUUGGGCCAGCCGUUAAAUUUUCCUCUCCUUUUAGUUCUCAGGAUCAGGUAGCAGAGUUGGAUAAUAUAAUCAGAAAACCUUCCAUCUCAAGUAUCAAGAAUGAUAGUUCAAAUAAUUAUGAGAGUUCAACAUUAAACUCAAGUCCUCUAGUUCCCUCUAUCGAACCUAAUAGCGAGUAUGACAGUAGCCAAAAUAUUGAAGUAUAUGAAGUUUCUGGGUUAGCAAAAUCUGUCUGCCAAAUUGGUCCUGGAGAAUCUCAGUUCCCAAAAGGAAUAAUUGAAAACCAACGCUUAUCAUCUACUUUGGAAACUUCUACAUCUUUUAUGGAUUGUAGUGUAGUACCUUCUCAUUUGCCUUCAUUAAAGCUAAAGAAUAUCGUCAAAAGUGAUGUUAAUGUGAAGGGUUCUGUGCAAACUUACGAAUUAAGAGAUAAAUCAUCUUUGUUGGAUAAGCUUCCAAGAACCAUUGAUGUAAAGGAGAAAGUAUGCUUAUCUCGACAUCAGCUUAGUGGUGAUGCUUGUAAUACUAAGGCCUUGAAUUCCUUGAAACAUUCUCCCUAUGAAUGGCAUGGUGUAGCUUCUUUGUAUAUCCCACCAUUCAAUUCACAUCUCCCACCUGCUACUGAUAGACUACAUUUAGAUGUUGGUCAUAAUUGGCACAACCAUUUCCGUCGGUCCUUUGCACCUGCAAUGCAUCAAUCAAGAAAUUCUUCUGUUAAAGGUGUUUGUAAUCCAGUUAUGACUCGACCAGUGUUAAUGAGUCUAGAUUGGCCCCCAGUCUUACGGAGUGCUUCUGGCCUGGCUUCAACAAUGAUGUCAAAUCAUGAUAUUGGGUUUCUUACUAGGAGACAAUCUUCUUUUUGUCAGGGGUUCCCCACUAACAGCAAUCAAAUUAGCACGGAAGAUGAGUACUCUGGUAAUCUCACUGAUUUUCCUGAUUUGUCAAACAAUCAAGAUCUAGCAGAGGAGUGUGAUGGAAACUGGAUAUCGGAGGAAGAAUUGGAAAUGCAUGCAGUUUCUGGGAUAGACUAUAAUCAGUAUUUUGGUGGUGGUGUAAUGUACUGGAACCCUUCUGAUCAUCAUGGGACAGGGUUCUCUCGACCUCCUUCUCUGAGUUCUGAUGAUAGCUCAUGGGCUUGGCGUGAAGCUGACAUGAACAGGACUGUUGAUGAUAUGGUUGCUUUCUCUUCUUCUUACAGUAAUGGGUUGACUUCCCCAACUUCUACUUCAUUUUGUUCUCCUUCUGAUCCAGUGGGUUCUGGAAAGCAGGCUCUUGGUUAUGUGGUUCAAGGGUCUGAUCUACCUAACAACAUGCUUCAUUCCUCACCAACUAUGAAAGACACGGUGACAGAGGAGGAUGCUCCUAGAUCUUUGCCAAAUUUGCCCAGUGAUGUUGAAGGGAAGACAGGCGACUCACAUUCAUUUCCAAUCUUGCGCCCUAUUGUUGUUCCAAGUAUGUCAAGGGAAAGAUCAAGAUCUGAGUUCUGCCAUGGUCGUGAUCAUAAAAGCCCAUGUAUCCCUCCCACUAGGAGAGAGCAAUCUCGAGUAAAGCGUCCACCAUCUCCAGUAGUUCUUUGUGUUCCACGGGCGCCAAUACCACCUCCACCUUCUCCUGUAAGUGAUUCCAGGAAGCAGAGAGGGUUUCCAACUGUUAGAUCUGGUAGCUCAAGUCCAAGGCAUUGGGGUGUGAAGGGUUGGUAUCCUGAUGGAACUAAUUUGGAAGAAGCAUGCUUGCGUAUUGAUGGUGCUGAAGUAAUAUGGCCUAAUUGGAGAAAUAAAAGUAAAUCUAAUUGCUCGACAGUUCAACCUUUAUCAUUAAUAGCAAUGUCCCAGAUAGCUAUCGAUCAGGAACGUCUAGAUGUUGCAUUUCCUCUCUUUCCACCUACUAGUGGUCGCUCUGUAAAAAAGGAAUCUCUUUCUUUGAUCCAUAGCCGCCUACAUGAUGAGAUCGACUCUUUCUGCAAGCAUGUUGCUGCAGAAAACAUGGCUAAGAAGCCUUACAUCACUUGGGCUGUUAAACGGGUCACACGGUCCCUUCAAGUCUUAUGGCCCAGGUCUAGGACAAACAUUUUUGGUUCAAAUGCAACUGGUUUGUCCCUCCCCACGAGUGAUGUGGAUCUUGUGGUUUGUCUGCCUCCAGUGAGAAAUUUGGAACCUAUUAAAGAAGCUGGGAUCUUAGAGGGACGUAAUGGUAUCAAAGAGACCUGCCUCCAGCAUGCUGCCAGAUAUCUUUCCAAUCAGGAAUGGGUAAAAAGUGAUUCUUUAAAGACGGUGGAAAAUACUGCUAUACCUAUUAUCAUGCUUGUUGUUGAAGUUCCCCAUGAUCUCAUUAUUUUGUCCACGUCAAAUAUGCAAUCACCUAAGGAGGAAUCCUCUGCUGUAUCUGGAAAACAAGAUGUCAACAUUCUCAAUGAUAUGGCUGGUCUAGAAGAUUCUGCGUUGCCAAAAUGUUUGGAGGUGAAUUAUGAUACCUCUAUUGGCACCAAGUCAGUUCGUAUUGACAUCAGUUUCAAGACUCCAUCACAUACAGGACUUCAAACUUCUGAGCUGGUUAAGGAGCUGACUGAACAAUUUCCAGCUACUAUACCUUUGGCUUUGGUACUGAAGAAAUUUUUGGCAGAUCGUAGUCUUGAUCAGUCCUAUUCUGGCGGUUUAAGUUCUUAUUGUUUGGUAUUAUUCAUCAUACGUUUUCUUCAGCAUGAACAUCAUCUUGGCCGUCCGAUCAACCAAAACUUUGGGAGCCUUUUGAUGGACUUCCUUUACUUCUUUGGGAAUGUAUUUGAUCCUCGUCAAAUGCGUAUUUCAAUACAGGGGAGCGGAGUCUACAUAAAGAGGGAAAGGGGAUACAGCAUUGAUCCUUUGCAUGUUGAUGAUCCUCUUUUCCCCAUGAAUAAUGUUGGACGAAAUUGUUUCCGUAUUCAUCAAUGUAUCAAGGCUUUUUCAGAAGCUUAUUCUAUUUUGGAGAGAGAGCUAAUAUCUCUUCAUGAUAAUUGUGACACAAGUUCAGAUGGAACUAAUAAGAUGCUGCAGAAAAUAAUCCCUAGCAUUGAUUUAUCAUAAGGGCUUGCUCUAUUAUCUUUACAUGCAUGGAGGUCUCAAACAUGGAGCUUGUCACUACAUCAGUCCAAAAUGGAGGUGGACGUGCUGCUUCACGACAAUAGGGAGGACCAGAGAAGUGGCGGGGGUUCGUCCACUUGCUUACCUGGCGUUAAGUUUAUGUCCGUGACGAUUGAGAGUUUAUUUUUUAUUCCAACGGUUCCAAUCUCAUUCAGUUGGUGAUCAUCAUUUGGUCCCCAUUGAAAUCUUUUCUUUGAUCGUGGCCGUCAUCUCAGCGAGCAGAUAAUGGUAAUCCUCUUUAUCCACGGUACCAACUUUGGCAAGCUCCAUCUGGACCACUCCUCUCAUACGGGUCAUUUCACCUACUUUCUGUACACCUUAGCUUAAAAAGCUUCUCCAUUGAAACCACAUACUAAAUUAACGUCUCAUGCGUAAUGACUGGCCUGUGAUCUCUUGGUUGCCGUAGAAGGUCGUUGUACAAAUGGAAUUGGGAGGACUGCCCCAAACUUGUCCUUAUCCGAUUAUAUCCAGCUUUGGUUUGCCCAUCUACUUGAUCAGGCUGAGUCCUGUGCACGCCGAUGACAAGGCUUGGCUUCUAUAAGAUAAAAGGAGAAAAAAGAAGCGGACCAUGUUGAUAAAAGUGCACUGGUAAAACAACUUGCUUCCUUGAUUAGAUCAUUCUACUAAGCGGACAAAAAGUUCUCCAUAAUGGUCGAUGAUGGCCGGCCACCACCGUUCCAGGAAAAUAACGUGGCGCUUUUACAGCUCUUAGAGAACUCAUAUAUUACACUUCUCUCCAUAGUGUUAUUUUACAUGUAUUUAUGUGACUCGCUGAGGAAGGAUGCAUAGUGGAUUGGGCGUUGGUUGAGGAAACGUGUCCGCAUGUCAUUACUUGCUAAAUUAGAGUAGAUGCAUUGGUUGAAGCUAAUCCAGUGUAUAAUGAGAGUAAAUAAUUUGUAAUGAGGUUUUUGAGAUGAAGUUUUUUAAAUUUCUCGCUGCAACUCUUUUACAGGUAGUAUUCAUCAUACGCUUUCUUCAGCAUGAACAUCAUCUUGGCCGUCCGACCAACCAAGUAAAUUCCCGUUAUAUUUUUGUAAGAGUUGAUUUGAAAAGUGGACUAACUGCUCUGCAAAUUUAAUUGGAUGACCUUGGAGAAAUUCAAUCUUCAAUGCUGUGACAUGAAAUUUCAUGUCAUAAAUUAAAUGCAGUGUAUAUGUUAAAAUUU